AUGGCAAUCGAGUCACCGUUUGACUCCAGAUGCUCUACUUCAAGCCCUGACCAGCGCAUAUUGAAUGACGAUAGAGGCGCAGUCCCAAGCUUCCAAGAAAAGACGUUGAAGUGGACUGUUCGUCUUGGGAAAUGGGCGUCUGCGGUGAUCACACUGGGGUGGACGUUCGAAAUCCUCAUUCUUUCAUUCCUUUUAUACCUGUGGACUGGAGAGGGGUCAGAGCCUGGUGGAGGGCACGCAUCAUCGCUAUGGCGAUGGAUCAUGCUGAAAGGCUAUGCGUCUCAAGCAGUGACAGUAUCAGCGGUGGUCAUGCGAACAGCUGUCGGCUUGCAAGCAAGUAUUUGCACCGCAUUGGUGGCCGCACUAAUGCUCGAGGCUCGAAGCGUACAAAUGUCCGACAUUGCGUUGUUUUCUGUCCUGCGUGCCGUCAGUGGAGGCCCUGGGGAUGUUGUCUGGCCUCUUCUUCUCUCCCCUUCAAAAAUUAUCCGAUCUGCUCCCAUGUUUCUUGUUUUCUUUCUCUUUGUCGCAACUUUCUCGAGCGAACUCACUUCAACUCUACUCUUGGCGGACUUUCGGCAAACGAGUCUGCUGGACUAUUCUAUCGCUGGCCACACGCCGGUCUUUCAGUCAACACCAGAUAUGCUCCUCCCUUCCCUGAACGGUUCCUUGAGCGUGGCCUGGAGCCAGGCACCCCAAUCGUAUCCCCCGUUCGCUGAACGUGUUGUCCAACAACCGAUCAUAUCGCCGCUUGUACGAGACACUGGGUUGAUCAGACGAGCAUUCUUGCCGUUCGAUGGUCAGUCCAGACAACAAAUUCGCUACUAUGAUGGCCCGGCCUUUUUCUAUGAGUCGAGGGUUGUUUGUAGCCGUCCGCAACUCACUGGAUCCAUUCAAUACUUCUUUGGCGAAGCAACCAAGCUUUGGCCUAGAAUCUCCGGAAGUCUCAGCUUGCCCACAGGAGGCUUGGCAAACCAUUCGUGCCCUGGCGGUGUCCAAGGCUGCGGCGACAUCCCUUUCAACUGCGCCCUUCCAUUCAACUUCACCGACAACAUACCAUCAAUACUCGAAAAGCAGGCCACUGUACUAUGUCUCUUCAAUGAAACGAACCAGGCAGCAAAUAUGGCCUCACGCGGCUUUCGCGACGACUUUUCCAAUCUCUUUCUGGUCUUAGACACAAACUCUACUUACGAUGACUGGGUACUGUUGAACCAGACUGCAACCGCUCAUAAUAUCACUUCUGAAGGGUUUACGGGCAGCCCUGGACCGGCAAUACCUGCAAUGACCAACUAUCGGGAUACCGACUCUGGAGAAUGGGCUGUUUAUGACUUUUCCAAGAGCUUAAGCUUCAGGGCAACGGCUUGCCAAUCAUACAUCAACGUCGAUUUCGAAAAUAUCACCGCCUCGAGUCACGGGAAUUCUAGGGAGCCCAUUCUGAACUACGACGCAACGGCAAAGACAUGGAUCACAGACGACAUACUGAAACUUGCUGGUGUCGGCGACAAUGUUGAAGAUAAUGAUCGAGGAAUUCUCGAAAUGUCAAGGAGUUCGGCAUUUACUAAGGCUGACCUUCAGAUUAUGCUGGAGAACACAACAUCAUUUGAGCCCUUGAACGAGACCAAGGCAGCGAACGGCCAUUCAAUUGUUAAGCAAUUCAGAUUUUUCCUCAUGAAGGAUAUCAAGGGUGGUGUGUUGACUGCACAAUUGCCCUGGAACUUCUCCGUGUACUUCUGCUCGCAGUGCCAACUCGCAGGCAACAUGGUCGACCCGCAUUUCACGAUGUCGAUACUGUUUCAUGCUAUCCUCAGGAAAACGGAUUCAGUUGCACCAUCGUUCCAAAAUGUAAUGUUCUGGCUGGCACAGACGCAGUAUUACAAUGCUUUGCCUGGAUUCGACUUCGGCGGCAACACUACAUUGACUUUCUCAAAUGUCCAAUAUGGCAUGUGUGGCCACAAUAACGUGGCUUUUCCUUCGACGAGCCAGGUAUUCAUUCUACGGACAGACCUGGCAUACGAUCGCUCAGAUCAUCUCGCCAGACACGCGUCAUCUCCUCGAAAAGUCCACAUAUGCAACUGA